GCUUUGGCAACAGAAACAGCCAAGCAAGUAAAAAAGGCAGAGAGAGAAAGAGAGGCUACACUACACUACACUAGAGUUGCUGCCGUUUGCUUAUCCACACCACACGUCCUCCUCUCCUCUCCUCUCGUCUCGUCUUCUCUCCUCUUCUGCCCCCAAUCUCCUCCUCCUCCUCCAUCCUUUGCGAAUUGAGAUGGCAGACCUCACUGCGUAAGCAAGAUCCUUCCUAUCUACUGUAUCCUAUGCAGCAUAGGGGCAGCAGUGGGUGAGGAGGAAGGAGAUCGAUCCCUUGUGCUUCUUCUCGCCAUGGCUAUGGGAGCCGUGCUCUCCAGCAGGACCUUCGCCUCUCCUCCCUCCUCGGCCUCAGCCUCAGCCUCAGGAAAGCAGCAUGAGAUGAAAUACCGUACAUCACCACAAAACAAGCGUACCUGUUCCUCAGCUCCCGGAGAUAAAUUUAGCCGACUCAUUGCUCGGAUCACCCUUUUCCAAGUCCGUAAUAUUUCCAAGAGCUCUGCACUGGAAAGAUUGCAACUUUCUGGUCAAUUCCACCAGCCUGUGCUUGACCCUUCUAGAGAUUACUUGACCAGGAGGUUUUACAAUGCAAGCCUCAAGAGGCGGCGGGUUGAGUGCUUUGUGUCUUCAGACCCAAUAAACACUGGCUGGCUAAAACCAAGGAGGUGGGAAAACUUCACUAGUUUGGAGACUGCUUGUGCCCAUCCAGAGUACAAAAUACCAGGAAGAACACGCGCUGACUGUAAAGCAGAGCAAUAUGAGAUAACAGGAUCACCAUUGAGCCCUUCUGAUGCCCCCGCUGAGGCAGUUCUUAUUGGAGAUACAAACGAGAUUUCUCCCUGGUGGCAGCAGUUCCCAAAGCGCUGGACUGUCGUUCUCUUGUGCUUCUUUGCGUUCCUUCUUUGCAACAUGGACCGUGUUAAUAUGAGUAUCGCGAUCCUUCCAAUGUCAUCAGAAUUCGGAUGGAGUCCAGCAACUGUAGGCCUAAUACAGUCAUCGUUCUUUUGGGGUUAUCUUCUUACGCAGAUCCUUGGAGGUAUAUGGGCCGACAGGUUUGGUGGUAAGAUAGUGCUAGGAUUUGGGGUUGUAUGGUGGUCAAUUGCAACAAUUCUUACACCCAUUGCUGCAAAGAUUGGGCUUCCAUGCCUACUUGUCAUGCGGGCUUUCAUGGGGAUAGGAGAGGGCGUUGCCAUGCCAGCCAUGAACAACAUACUCUCCAAAUGGGUCCCAGUUUCAGAGAGAAGCAGAUCUCUUGCAUUAGUGUACAGUGGAAUGUACCUUGGCUCAGUGACUGGCCUAGCCUUUUCACCUCUCUUGAUCAGCAGAUUCGGUUGGCCUUCUGUUUUUUAUGCAUUCGGGUCCCUUGGAAGCAUCUGGUUUGCACUUUGGCAAAGAAAGGCACACAGCUCCCCGAGUGAAGAUCCAGAACUAACUAAAGCCGAAAAGAGGUAUAUUUUAGGUGGCAGCACCUUGAGAGAGCCUGUCACCUCCAUACCAUGGAAGCUGAUUCUAUCAAAGCCUCCAGUUUGGGCUCUUAUAAUAUCACAUUUUUGCCACAAUUGGGGAACCUUCAUUCUUCUGACAUGGAUGCCUACAUACUACAACCAGGUUCUUAAGUUCAAUCUUACUGAAUCUGGGCUUUUAUGUGUCUUGCCGUGGUUGACAAUGGCUGUAUUUGCUAAUAUUGGUGGCUGGAUUGCUGACACUCUUGUUGAGAGGGGGUUUUCCAUAACGAAUGUUCGUAAGAUCAUGCAAUCGAUUGGUUUCCUUGGACCAGCCAUAUUCUUGACACUGCUGAGCAAAGUCCAAACCCCAGCCAUGGCUGUAUUGUGUAUGGCAUGCAGUCAGGGGAGUGAUGCUUUUUCACAGUCUGGGCUGUAUUCAAAUCACCAAGACAUAGGGCCACGUUACGCAGGGGUACUUCUUGGGAUGUCAAACACUGCUGGCGUGCUUGCAGGAGUUUUUGGUACUGCUGCCACUGGCUACAUUCUUCAGAAAGGUUCUUGGGAUAGUGUGUUUAAGGUGGCUGUCGUGCUGUACAUAGUAGGGACAGUGGUGUGGAACGUGUUUUCAACUGGCGAGAAAGUUAUUGAAUGAGCUGUAGAUGCUCUUAUACGCUGCUAUACCAAAAAUAUAGCUGAUUUUGCUGAUGUUUUAAUUGUGGUACGAGAAGAAAGCCUCUCUUUUAGACAGGGAGAUAAAGCUGAUCGAAACCUUCCAUUUUAGCAAGAGAAAUAUAACUGCAUUUGGCGAUUGGGUCACUGAAGGAAUGAAGAGCAAACUGAAGCAUUGCAACGGAUUGGUCUGUGAACUGAAACUUGGAGCCAUUGAAUUACCUUAUGCUGAACGCAGCUGCACCAAGGAAGCGUCAGUCUUUGCAGCAAGCUUUGUUUCUGAACCAGCUCCUGCCCAACUUCAUCGCCUUCUUUUGUUUUGAAAUAUUGAUUAGUGAACAAGCUAGCUUGCUCCCGGAAGGAGCUAGAGCUACUACCAAACUCUCGUGUAUUAUGAGAGCAUUUUGGGAGAUUAUGCCGUUUUUUUGUUAGUAAUA